AAUAUAUCCGAACAAGUUCGGGGGUAAAGAGUAAAGGCCAAGAUUUGUGUUGGGUUUUUGAUUUGAUUUGUUUUCAAAUCACUACGGAGACCCACCGCUAACUGCCGAGCCACCAUCGGCGCCGUUUGUCGGCCGAUUUGCUUGCAGGAGUGAAAAGGAACCCAUUUUGUUGCUGUACAAUUUAGUUGAAAUUUUGAAUCUAAGAGAGUGUGAAAGAUGCUUCAGAUUAGACUUAGCAAAACCCCAUCCACAGAUGGUGCUGGAUGUGCCAAGCCCAUGCCAGUGGACACGGUGACUGUGGCAUGCCCGGAUCACCUAGUCCUUGCCGAUCUUCCUGUAGCAAAGGGGAUUGGUGCGGCAAUUGCUGCUUCACUUGUCAAGAGUGUAGGUCGGAGGUCCCGUCGCCAGCUUGGGGAAAGGGUCCAUUUCUGCGUUCGCUGUGACUUCCCAAUUGCAAUCUAUGGACGUCUGAGCCCCUGUGAGCAUGCCUACUGUCUGGAUUGUGCUAGGAGCGAUUCAAUCUGCUAUCUUUGUGAUGAACGAAUUCAGAAGAUUCAAACUAUCAAAAUUAUGGAGGGGAUUUUCAUCUGUGCAGCCCCUCAUUGCCUUAAGUCUUUCUUGAAGAGGACAGACUUUGAAUCUCAUAUUCAUGAGAACCAUGUUGAACUUCUUCAGUUAAAUCUAGAGAAAGAAGAUAUUAUUGAAUCUGAAGCUCAGAGUGUCAAACAAUCUUCAGUAUCUGAUUCCAAUAUUCGAGCACCACUCAGGCCAGGCUUCUCUCCUGGUUCAAACUCACAGCUUCAUGAUCGAGAUGACAAAGCUCGUCGUCAGCAAACAAGAGAACAAUCAGUUACAAGGUCAGUAAUACAGCCCAAACAACCUCAAGGCUUCAGUCAAGCACAGAAUAAUCAAUCAGAUUUGCUACCGGACUACCGACACCAAGGUUUUGAUAGGCCUGGUCCUCACAACCCCUUCCAACAACAAAACUUUGACUCACCAGGUGCUAUAAAGCAGGAAUCUGGUCCGUAUUCAGACAAGCAACAAGGAAGCUUGUCCGAGACUCCCUUCCCUGAGUAUCCACCCAUGCAUGCCAUGCAGCCACCUAACUACAUGAUGCCAAUCAACUCAAAUCAGACGAUGAAUUCCUCCUUACCAUUUGGUUAUCCUCCUUUCCCUGGCGAUGGAUCUCAAGCAUUUUAUGGUGCUCCUUAUGAUAUGACACGUCAAGAUUCGACACCAGAAACAGGAUCAGAACAAGGGUCACUGUUGGGUUUUCCACCAGGUUCUGCAGGGAACAUGCACUUCCAAGCAAACUAUCACCAGCCUUGGAAUGCAGGACAGGCCAAUAUGCCUUUUGAACCUCAAGGAGUUCAAGAUAGUUUCACUAACAUGUCAGAUUCUCAAGGAAAAGUUCCAUAUUAUCAAGGAGAAUUUGGACGCAAUCUAACACCUAUGGUGAACAAAGGGCUGGAACCAAUGCAGGCUGGGGAUCCCAGGGAUGGCAAGGGUAUAUUAGCCCCGCAGCCCAUGUCACUUCCUCCACCUCCCCCACCUCCUCACAUGUCACACCAGAAACGCAAAUAUUAUUCUGGUGAUAUGGGCCGAGAUGGACAAAGCUAUGGAUGGCAACACGAGAACCGAGACAGCUUUGGGAGUGGCCAGGACUAGAGAUCAUUGGUCUCUUUAUUCUUUUACCCUUCUGUGAUUAAUAUUACUCUUAUUUUUUCUCACAUGAACUUAAAUUUCUCCCUAUGCUCUGUAAACAGAUUUUGUUUUACAGGCUGAGUUUUUCAUGGCCUUUAUCUGAGAGCAUUUGCUUGUUUUAUUGAUAAAAGGAAUUAGUAGAUCA